UUCCUUCUUAAGUAUCUAAGUGCAUGGAUCCCAUAAACGUGCCCUCAAUGAUGGUAUCUGUCAUGCUACUACGUGCUUUCAUGUUCAGCCAUUUUCUAAAUUGAGACCAAAACAAAAUAUUAUGUCCAGUUUUGAAGAAAUUAAAAGCAUACUAGAAGAGAAAGGAUCAAGAAAAUCCUUGUUAGCUACCAAGAAAAUGACCACUUCUAUUUCCAAAAAGAAAGCUAGGCUUUCCAAAAAAGAAGCUAAUGAACUUGGCACCUUCUUUUAUUCUAUCCUAGCUAAACUUCUAUGUCUUAUCCCUAUUGCAAUCCUCUUCGUUCUUUUAAUCUUCUUUUGGUCUUCUUCUACCACCAUUAUUUCUGGUAAAAUUAUCCAUCUUUGCUUCCAAUCCCGAAAACUCAAUGAUCUCUAUUGCAUUUCUGCUGGAACACAACCAAAUCUUGAAACCCCAAUUAGCUCCAUUUCCAAUGAUAGUUUCCCAUCUGUUAAUGGUACUGCAACGAAAUUGGUUAAUGAUUUGCAACAAAAAUCUACACGUCUUGGCAUACCGAUACCACCAGGGUACCAUGCUUUCAGAAAUGGCCUGGUUAAAAGCGACGAGGAAUUGUUAGUGGCUUAUAAUGAUGUGGAGGAUCAACUAAUGGUGCAUCGAUCGUGGAUAUCAAGCCAAAACAAUGCAAAAUGUGAUGGUAGGGGAAUAUAUGUGUAUGAAUUGCCAACAAAGUUCAACAAAGAUUUGGUAUCUCAGUGUGCUGACAUGGUUCCUUGGGUCGACCUCUGCAAUUUCUUUAGCAAUGAUGCAAUGGGUGAGCCAGUAGAAAAGCUAGGAAAAGGAUGGUACCAAACUCAUCAGUAUUCAUUGGAGUUGAUAUUUCACUCGAGGAUUCUGAAUCAUCCUUGUAGAGUAAUGAACAAAAGCGAAGCAGAGCUAUUUUAUGUGCCUUUCUAUGCUGGACUUGAUGUCUUGAGAUGGCAUUUCAAGAAUGUUUCAAAUGAUGUCAAGGACUCUCUCGGACUAGACCUUGCAAAAUGGCUCGAGUCGCAACCAACUUGGUUCAAGAGAUCAGGUAAAGACCAUGUCUUUGUUCUUGGAAAAAUAUCUUGGGACUUCAGAAGAUAUAACAAUUCCGAUUGGGGAAGUAGGUUUUUGGAGCUAAACGAAAUGCAGAAUCCAGUAAAGCUGUUGAUAGAACGACAACCAUGGUAUCUUAACGACAUAGGAAUACCUCAUCCGACUUAUUUCCAUCCACAAUCAGAUGAUGACAUAAUAACAUGGCAGCUCAAAAUCAUUAAGGCAAAUCGAAAAAGCCUUGUGAGCUUUGCUGGUGCACCACGACCUGAUGCACCAGAAAGCAUUAGGUCGAUCUUGAUCAACCAAUGCAUUUCAAUAGAAACUGGUGAAUGCAGAUUCUUGAAUUGUAGUUCGGGUGCAUGUGAUCAACCCGAGUCUAUCAUUGAGCUGUUCAUGGAAUCUGAAUUCUGUUUACAGCCUCCAGGUGAUAGCCCGACAAGAAAAUCAGUAUUUGAUUCUCUGAUAUCAGGUUGCAUUCCGGUAAUAUUUGAUCCAUUUACAGCAUACUAUCAAUAUCCUUGGCAUUUACCAGAAGAUUAUAAAAAGUAUUCAGUUUUCAUAGAUCAAGAAGAUGUGAGAAAUAUGAAAGUCAAUGUUGUGGAGAGGCUUAUGAAAAUUCCUGCAGGGGAAAGAGAGAAAAUGAGAAGAUACAUAAUUUAUGAAUUAUUACCUGGAUUGGUGUACGGAGAUCCAAAAUCUAAGCUGGAGAAAUUCCAAGAUGCAUUUUCUUUAACAAUGAAUAAUCUGCUUGAAAGGUUGACCAGAUUGGAAUAAUGACAAAACUAUUUUUGUUAGUUUUGUUGUUUCAGUUUAGUCACAUGUGUAUCUUACUUCUGUACCAGGAAACCGAGGAGAAUUUUAGUCUCCAAGGGGAAUACAACUUCUAAUCAUUUUACAUGCUCA